AUGGAGUACCGUACACCUCUUGAAUUGUCCUUUAGUGGUAAUGUCGCACAAAACUGGAAAGAGUGGUAUCAACAAUUUAAUAUUUAUUUAAUAGCGUCUAAUAAAGAUGAAGAGAAUGACAUAAGAAAAAUGAAUAUCUUAUUGAAUUUAAUUGGUCCACAAGGGGUUAAGAUUUAUUGUAACUUUAAAAAUAAAGAAAAAACUAAUUUUGAUACGGUAGUGCAACCAUUCAACCAAUACUGCGAACCAAGAAAGAAUAUAAUAUUUCAAAGAUACAAGUUCGGAUGUUGCAUACAGCAAGAGGGCCAAAACUUUGAUGAUUUUCUCACUGAAUUAAAAAUACUAGCUGCUACUUGUGAAUACAAAGAAGAGGAUAACAUGGUACGAAACAGAAUAGUGUUUGCCGUUAAAGAUCCAGAAAUCAAAGACAAAUUACUAACCAUAAGUAAUUUGACGAUGGACAAGGCGGAAGAAAUAUGUAAAACUACAGAAGCAACUAAACAAGAACCUCAAGAAAUGGCAACAUCAUCAGAAAUACAUAUGUUGGACAAAAACAAUAAGAGUGAUAACCAUGAACCACAGCCUAGGCAUGAUGAAGAUGUGAGAGUAUUUUUUAAUAGGAUCCGUGAGAGGGGUACCUUAGAAAAUAUUCCACCUCAAAUUAUUUAUAAUGAAAAUGCUCAACAAUUCCCUGGAGCAGCUUUGGAAGUUGGUCGUCCAGCAGCAAUGCGGGCAAUAGCAAGGGCUAGACGUAGAACUACUCCACCAGUUCCGCCGAGUCUUGCUGAGUGGCCAGCUAUAUUAAAUUCAGCUGAGUGGGGAUCAAGACUAGCGAAUUGUAAUGGGACAGAAUAUCGAUUCUUCCAGGGGCCGUUAGAAGUGUUGGGCGAAGAUGGAAAUAUACAGUUUGUAGGAGUUGUAUUUUGCAACAAUCAAUUUCUCCAUCAAAUGAAUGUACACAUGCCAUCUUUACGUACAUUAUGCAUUGAUGGAACAUUUCAAGUGAGGCCAGCUAACCCACCUGAUAUUGCUCAACUUCUUACAGUACAAAUUGUUUUCAACAAUGUGGCGAUUCCCAUUAUCCAUGUUUUGCUCAUCAACAAUACAACAACUGCAUAUUGUAGAGUUAUGCAGUUCAUAAGAAAUGAUUUGGCGUUAAAUUUUUCUUAUGAAAAUCUACAAAUUAUUACAGAUUAUGAGCAGGGCUUGAGAAAUGCAAUAACCAGAGUGAUUCCAGAAGCCACAAAUACUGGAUGUUGGUUUCAUUAUAUACGUUGCAUAACUAGAUAUUUGAGGAAUAAUGGGCUUAUUAACAUUUGUAACACCAAUGAGAAUGCAAGACGUAUAGUAAGAAUGCUUAUGGCAUUGCCACACCUACCAGGGAAUCCAAUUGAAUACCACCAAAAUAGAUUUUCUAUUCAGUUGGGAUUCAGAUUUAUUCAGGAUUUAGUAAGAGACUACGAGCUUGAAGUACAAUUAAUAAAAAUUAAUGGCUGAGCAAGACGAAUAUUCUAGCAAUGGAAGUGGUUAUACG